CUGCACUACGGGACCCUCCUGGGCAGCAGAGCUUGUGCCCACAUGGCAGCAGCUGCCUGGGCCAGUGCCUUUCUCAAUGCUCUGCUGGAAACAGCCAAUACAUUUUCCCUGCCCCUGUGCCAUGGCAAUGCCCUGGGCCAGUUCUUCUGUGAAAUCCCUCAGAUCCUCAAGCUCUCCUGCUCACAGUCAAACCUCAGGGAACUGGGGCUCAUUGCUGUUAGUGCCUGUUUAGCACUUGGCUGUUUUGUGUUCAUUGUUUUCUCCUAUGUGCAGAUCUUCAGGGCUGUGCUGAGGAUCCCCUCUGAGCAGGGACGGCACAAAGCCUUUUCCACCUGCCUCCCUCACCUGGCCGUGGUCUCCCUGUUCCUCAGCACUAUCAUGUUUGCUCACCUGAAGCCUCCCUCCAUCUCCUCCCCAUCCCUAGAUGUGGCCCUGUCAGUUCUGUACUCGUUGGUGCCUCCAGCCCUGAACCCCCUCAUCUACAGUCUGAGAAACCAGGAGCUCAAGGCUGCCAUGAGGAGACUGAUGAGUGGAAGGUUUUGUAAACAUUAAACUGCUGGCCAGUUUCUGCAAAUCAUUUGUAAUAAAAGUCAUCUUUG